AUGUGUACUGUCAUGUCCAGGCGUACACAGAAGAUAUUAGCGUCAGUGGGAACAUUAUCAGCCAUCACCAUACCAGCGGUACUAUUCUUAUCUUGCCAGUUGCGGUAUAUUGUUGACAAAUUGAGUUAUGGACCACCGACAGUAAUACUGAGUGUAUACGCCGCAUUGGUUGUGGAAUUCCUAUUUGUAAGUACAAGUAACCCCGGAUUUCUAGACAAGAAACUUUUCCCGGGACAUGCUUUCAACCACUUAACCGGAUCGUAUAGACGUGUAGCACCUCAAAGGUUUCUAGAGGUACCUAUUAAUGGACAGAUCGUCAGGGCGAAGUACUGCGUGACUUGCCAUAUUUAUAGACCUCCCAGAACGGUACAUUGCUCGAGUUGUGGAGGGUGCGUGCUACGAUACGACCACCAUUGCCCCUAUGUAGGUAACUGCAUAGGCUUCAACAACUAUCGCAAGUUCUCCCUUUUUGUAGUUACAUGUUGUUUGUAUUAUUUUCUCAUAUUUGCUUCUGGUAUUUAUCAUUUUAUUGGCUUCUUCCCAGAGCUCUGGCUGUCAUUCGAAGCACAUCCAGCCACAUCGGCAUGUACGGUCAUUUCAAUAGUUAUAUCUUUACUGGUACUGUGGCUUGUUACCGGUCUUUGUUGUUUCCACGUGGUUGUAGUUGUCAAAGGUCAGAGCACAUACGAUCGCAUUAAGGGAAAUUAUCCCGGCUUCAAUCCGUUCUACCGCGGAUGCAGAAUGAGUAUGCGAGAUCUGCUGUGCACAAAAUCACGCAUAUCGACAUUUGGGAACCCCUGUAGCCCCAGCUACAGCGUUAAGACCUUGUUCCAACCAGGGGCGAUGUUCACCUCCCAAGAGCAGCAAGAGGAGUUUAGGCGUCAGAACGAAUCCUUUCACGACUCACACAACCCCGACGUGCUGAACACACACGAAAAAAACACUCUGAAGUAUAUAAAGACAUUCGGCCAAACGGAUCAAUCCUCUGUGUUUCCAUUAAGCCAAGAUCAUACGGCGUAUAGCUCACAUGGCGAGGAACUACGCCUAUUCUCAGAAACAAGCAGGUAA